UUAACAAAAAAUAACUAUCUACAAAAUCAUAUUGAAAUAAAAUAAUAUUUAAACAGUAGUGAUAAAAAACUUAGAUUAUGCUGAAGACGAAUAACAAUUGAAGUACUGAAAAAGUUAAGGGAUUAAUUUGGUGUAACAACAAUUAGCAUGAUGAUGGCCAGUGCGAAGUUGGUGCGGGAGUGCAGCUCGGACCUGAGCUCCGACGUGCGCUCGCUGUCCAUGUCCUCGACGGAGGAGCAGGACUCCACCACCACGGAGUCGGAGUUUUCUGAGGAGGAAAAGGAGUAUGAGCUGGAUGACCUACAAAUCCUUAAAACCAUAGGCACGGGUACAUUCGGACGGGUCUGCUUGUGUCGCGACAAGGCCGCAGACGAGUACUUGGCUAUGAAAAUCCUGUCCAUGGCAGACGUCAUUCGCUUGAAACAAGUGGACCAUGUCAUGAACGAGAAGAACAUCCUCGCGGAGAUCAACCACCCAUUCAUAGUAAAUUUACGGUGGUGGACGCACGAUGACUCUUGUAUUUACAUGCUGUUCGACUACGUUUCUGGUGGAGAGCUGUUCACAUAUCUGAGGAGUGCAGGACGCUUUAGCAAUACUACUGGUAAUUUUUACGCCGCGGAGAUAGUAUCAGCUUUGGAGUAUCUUCACGCGCGGAACAUCGUGUACCGGGACCUAAAACCCGAGAAUCUUCUGCUAGCGAAGGACGGGCAUCUCAAGAUCACGGACUUCGGGUUCGCGAAGAAACUAACGGACCGGACGUGGACGCUCUGCGGUACUCCGGAAUAUUUGGCGCCGGAAAUCAUACAGAGCAAAGGGCAUAAUAAGGCGGUGGACUGGUGGGCUUUAGGCGUGCUCAUUUACGAGAUGCUCGUUGGCUACCCGCCCUUCUACGAUGAGAACCCCUUCGGGAUCUACGAGAAAAUCCUCAACGGACGGGUGGAGUGGCCGCGGCACCUCGACCCCGUUGCGAAGGACAUUAUUAAGAAACUACUAGUACAAGACAGAACUAAGAGACUUGGAAAUAUGAAGUGCGGUUCAGAAGACGUAAAAAGACACAGAUGGUUCAAGAAUAUCGAUUGGGCAGAUGUGUUCAUGAAGAAAAUGCAGCCUCCCAUCAUGCCGACGGUGUCGUAUGAGGGCGACACGUCCAACUUCGACGAGUACACCGAGACGGACUGGAAGGCGGCGCGCGCGCUCGACCCCGACGAAUUGAAGCUUUUCGCCAACUUCUGAUCUCCUGCGCAUAAGCAGUCCAAUGGAAACUUAUAGAAUCCUUGUAGUUUUGGCUACCAUGCAUAGGUAUAUUAAGCAGAUAGUUCCAAGCGGAUAUUGUAGAUUUUCGUUUCCUAAUAGUUUGUAGGUAUGUACUUAAUUUAAGAGCUUAAAAAAGUAUUUACUGAAGUCACAUGUAAAAUUAUAUGGCAGGUAUGAUUUAUUUAUUUAUUUAUUUAAUUAUUUCACAAUAAAUAUUUCGUGGCGAUUAAUUCAUUAUUUUUAGAACAAGAACUACGGCUCUGCAAUACCUAUACAUAUGUAGUAUAAUCUCAUAAGAAAGUAAAUUGUAUAAAUUCGUAUUUUGUAGUUCGUAUGAUUUUUUGGCAAAAUAUGAAGCGAACUAUACUUACUUUAUGGUGAUGUAUUGGACUAUUGGUGUAAACUAUUUUCAUUCAUGAUAUUGUAACUGAUGAAUAUUAAGAAGCUAAUAACAAGAAAUAAUAUGCAUUUAUAAAUUGUUAAACAAAAAAUUGAAUAGCCGUUUUCAAGUUUUAUUUGUUCAUAACUUCCAUUUUGUAUAUUUUUGUAAUGCUGUCUUUAUUUAAGUAGUGUAAGUAGCUGUAUACUGACGCACUGAUAAAUAUUUUGGACGCAAAAAAUACAAUGCAUGUCCAAUUUUAUAACUUUUUUUGGCUAGGCUUAUUUAGCGUGUACCUAAAUAGCAAAGACUUGCAUGCUUUUUCAUACUUGUGUAUAAAUGUGUAGAUAUAUGAAAUUAGUACCUACCUAGUUAAACUAAUGCUGCUAAACUAUAAGUAAUUGAUUGUUAACCUGUUUAUAUUGUGGAUCAAUAUUUUUAGUAACAGGGUUCUACAAUUUAGUGAAAACUCACUUAUAGUAAAAUUAUUCCAAUGCUUGUUUAUUCAAAGAGUAGUUUAGGUAUGUAUCCGUUUAUGAAACCAUCUUCGCUGAGCUGCGAUGUCCAAUGUUUGUGAUUUAAGCUUAAAAUAGGCCUUUAAGUAUGGUAAGUGUAAACUGUAUAAUAUAUUAAGUAUUUAUUUCAAUCUUAUUCUUUGAGUAACUACCAAUGCACCGUUUUUGUGAUAUAACUAAUGUUAUUUAAUGAUCCUGAGUUUAGGCAAUUGAAUUAUUUAAGUCAAAAAUUAUUUAUGGUUUAAAAAAAAUCAAUAGUUAAUAUUACUUUACAUGGUCCUACCUAACUAAAGCGAUUAGGGUGACUGCUAUAGUUAAUGGCCAUCCUCUUCAAUAAGACUUAUAUUCGCUUGUUUCUUUCUGAUUUGUUAGGAGUGGCCAAUAACUAUGUAGCAGUAACCCUGCGCGGCAGCGUGAUCAGGCAAGCAACGCGCCAUAUUAUUUUGUCUCAAAUAAUUACGAUUAUUAACUAAUCUGCAAGGAUUGUACACAGCACGCGUUUUUGAUAAUAAAAUAAUACAGCUCUGUGUAAAAAUAAUAAUUAAAUAUCACUGACAUGACUAGAUCACAAAAUAUCACUAUCAAAAAUUGUCAUGCAUUUAUUGAUUCAUAAUGAAUCCUCUAAAUCAUAAUAUAUUAUUAAUUAUUCGGAUGAGGACCCGAGACCUCUGUACAAGAGUAGGUAUAUAUCACAGGAUAUUUUAUAUAUUAUUAGACAUUUUAUAGUAAGGGCAAUGCUCGAAGUCACCUCAUCGAAGCGAUGUAGGUACUGUUUACGCACGAAGUGCGUGAAUCGCAUUUCCUCAGAUGUACCGACGUGGCUCUAGAGUCUCUCUAAGUUAACUUUGCACCGACUUAAAUAGAACAAAGUCUGGAAAUGUCAUUAUAAACGGCAUAUUUUGAAAGAAAUUUGACAUUGUUGAUGACAUUGACACACUUUGUCAUUGCAAAUGCCAUGCAGAGUUAGCUUGGUUCAACUUAAAGAAGGGAACGAUAAAAAACAUUAUUUAUCCGCAUAAAUGAGUAAAUAUAGAUUUACAUUUCAUGUUCUUUUGUUAUCGUGUAGUUUUUUUAUCGGUAACUGGUCAAAAUUAGCUAGUAGUACUUACCGAAUCAAAAGCACUUAUCUACUACGGUUGCCCAAUGAAGAGUACCUACUUAUUCAAUAAAUUAUAGUUGUGUCUAUUUUGAUAAUCAUUUUAAAUUAUAUACCUAUUUUUUAUACCAAUUGCCUAAGUAGUUGGUUACAGGUUAAAAACUGGAAUAUUGAUGCUAUACCUAUAUAGUUAGGGUCUCUUAUAUCCAAGAUAACUGUCUGUGGAUUAAUCAAAACAAGGUAUACCCAGUAAGAUUGUAUAUCCUAAGAGUCUCUGUGCCGUUAUUUUCCGAGUCGCGGCGUAAUUAAUUUGAAUUCAGGCCAUAUAAUAUUCUCUGUGAUUUCAUUUAGUCGUUAAGUAUAAGAUAAUUAAAAUUAUUACUAACUUAUUUCAGUCAAUCGUCACAGAGGAGUAAUUUCAUGGAAACUUGCCUACUUUUGUAACCGUCAACAGUCUAACUAAGAAACAACAGGGUUGUAAACUAUAAAAUAAAUGUACA